GAAAUGAUGGAUUACUAGAAAGUUAUAAAUUCAGUGUAGGAAGAAUAGUUGCACAAUGGGUCUCUUCAUCCCUCCAAAUAGUGAUAGGAAUAACAAUAACAAUUCCAAGAACCCAGCAAACCCAAAAGAAGACAAUCAAGAUGACUCUAAAAUCAUCUUCUUCACAAGACCUAGUGUAGGUUUAAAAGUAUGGGGUCCUUUAGUUCCAGCUUCUGAUUGUUUACCAUGUCUUUAUGGAUUAACUGCAUUCCAAACAAUGAUGGGUCUUAUAAUGUUUAGACAUACAAGAAUUAUAUGGCAUCAAACAAGUUUCUUAGCAAGAACUUCAAAAUUAUUAAGUGUUGUAACUGGUGGUUAUUUAAUUUUCAAUUCAGGUUUAGAAAUUUCAAGAUUAAUACUACCUUAUGAUCCAUGGUAUGAAGAGGCAAAAGUUUCCAGAAGUAAGGCUAUAAAACAAGGAUUGAAGCCAAAUUUUUGGUUUGGUCCAAUUGAUUAUAAACCUAUGAGUUUUAAAGAAUGGAGUUCCAAAGUAGAUACAUGGGUUGAAGAAACUGAAACACAAAUUAAUCAUCAAGAAUCACCAACUUUUGCAAUGCAAAAUCAUCAAAUUCAUUCAAUUUAUCAACAAUUGAGAGCAUUAAAUAAACAACAUAAUCAAGAUAUUUUGAAAAAUUUAAAAAUGCCUGGAUUUAAAGAUAUGUUGCCAAAUUUCCAAAGUUUUACAAACCCUGAGUUUGAUAGACCCCAGGUUGUGAUACCGAAAGGUAAUGAAUUGAAAGAUGAUAUAGAUUUCUUGGAGGCUUGGGAAUUGAAUGAUCCUUGGGAAUCUUUGGCAAGAGAUACUGAAUAUGAAGUUCGAUUCAUUCCAAAAUUUAGAUGGAUUGAGAAACUCGAGGAAACUCAAAAUUUCUUAAAAGAACGUGAGCAGCAAUUGAAAGAACAAACAAUUCAAGAAGAACCAAAUACAAAAUGAUAUAGCAUUUAA